AUGGCGACCGGGCCUGUUGCCACAAGCGAUUUAUUUUCCUUGCGAGACAGUCUUCGCAACGUUCCGGAACAUUCACCGGGCACGCAACACGAGUCCGGCGACUCUGGCUUGACCGCUGACAUCAACAACAAAGAAGGGCACCAACUUCAAGAAUACCCACGCAUCGCGACGCUUGAACAGCCAGAGAAGAGUCAAUCCCUCUUCCAGAGCGAUUGUAAGCAUACGGGAGACCAAGUCCGAUCGGUCCUCAUCCAUUCCAAUCGACACCGAUCCAAAGAGAGAGAUGACGGCCGGUUGGAAAUGGAUUUUUUCGGUUGGCUUGACUUUGGCACCUAUCGGUCGAUGACCGGCUGCGCACUCUGA